AUGGCUUCCGAACAGACCUCCGACUUCCGCGCCGGCUCCGUCGACUACCAGCGUGACCACGAGCAGAAGGCGAAGUGGGCAAAUGGCGCAGCCUGGGGCCCCGGAAGGCCGCUCAACAGCAACCCGAGGCCGGUCCGCAUCAGCCAAAGGGUCGCCGCUGUGCACCGCCGCGACAGGGCCAAGCAGGUUGCGCAUGCCGCGCGGAGCCGGAAGCAGGAAAUCUUCCCCCUCGACCACUACACCAGCGGCGAAUCGACCGACGAGGAACCGGUUGAGCCCUCUGCGGCGCCGGAGCCUGACGCCGAGAUCACAUAUUCGUUCGACGCGGAGAAGGGACCCAGCCACGGCAGCCAGAUCCUGAACCAGGCGCUCCUCCAAGCGAUCGAGCGGUUCGAGGACCGCAAGACACAUGAGCUGGUGAACGAGGAGUACGAAGUGCUGGACGCGAACGGCGAGCCUGCAAACCUGCGCGGCCGCGCGGGCAAGGGCAAGAAGGCCGCCAAGUCCGAGGACGAGGACUGGGAGCACGUCUAA